AAUCUCAAAGGGUGGGAGAAAGCUGAAAACGAAGUGGCUGAGCUGAAGAAAAAGCUCGAGUCUGCUGCUAAUAAGAACUCCGCAUUAGAAGAUAGGGUAAACCAUCUGGAUGGAGCUCUCAAGGAGUGUGUAAGGCAGCUAAGGCAAGCAAGAGAUGAACAAGAAGAGACAAUCCAAGAAGCUGUGACCAAGAGGACACGGGAGUUUGAAUCUCUUAAAACCCGUCUUGAGAGUCGGAUUGUUGAGCUCGAAAACGAAGCAGAAGCUGCGAAAUCUGAGGAUCUAAGCCAAACAAUUGAAUCUUUAGCGAGGGAGAACUUGAUUCUGAAACACGAGCUCCUUGGAAGAACCGAGGAACUGGAGAUCAGAACAAUUGAGAGAGAUUUGAGCACUCAAGCAGCAGAAUCUGCAAGCAAACAGCAUUUAGAUAGCAUAAAGAAGGUGGCAAAGCUUGAAGCUGAAUGCCGAAAGCUUCGGGUAUUGUCUAAAUCAUCAGAUGGUCAAUCAGAUGGUGGAGAAAGAAUCGACAUGAGUUGCUCCGACUCAUGGGCAUCAGCAUUGAUCGCUGAGUUGGAUCAAUUCAAGAAUGAAAAACCCGUCAAUCGAUCCCUUCAGCCCACUUCUUCUGUUGAAAUAGAUCUCAUGGAAGAUUUCCUUGAAAUGGAAAGGCUUGCAUCUUUGCCUGAGAUACAGGAUGAAACCCGUAAGGAUAUACCUGAAUCGGUAACAGAAGAAAUAGAAGUAUUGACUCAUCGAACUAAGGAAGUGGAAGAAAAACUAGAGAAAUUGCAAGCAGAAAAAGCUGAGCUCGAAAGUGAAGUUACACGCUCUAAAGAAGUGGAGAACACGUUACGAUCAAAGCUCGAAGCUGUGGUUUGUGAAAAAAUGGAGUUGGAAGAUAAGUUGGAGAAGAUGGAAGCCGAGAAAGCUGAAAUGCAGAUAUCGUGGGAUAUAACGAAAGAUAAAUACGAAGAAUCUCAAGUUCUUCUUCGAGAAGCUCAAGCGUUUCUUCAAGAAGCUGAGAUGGAUUUAGAGAAGAUACAAAAGGAGCUGAGUUUGGCUAAUGAAUCAAAAUCAAAAGCUGAAUCUCAGCUCAUCAGCCUGGAAGCAGAAUCACGGAAAACCUAUGAAAAGAUCGAAUCUUUGGAAGAAGACGUGAGAAAAGAGAAGGCGUUAUCG